AUGGCCGUCCGAAUGCGCGGCCUGCUGCUGGUGGCUGCUGCUUUGCUCGGCUUGCUGAGCACUGGCUUCGUGGGCGGCGCGUCGCCCAGCCGCACCAUGCGUGAGGGCCAGACGGCGCUCGGGGCGGAAGCUGCGGCCAAGAAGAAGGCAAAGGCGCCAUGGGUGGGACCCAAGAAAGGCUCUUGGGUGAAGGUCUUGCGGCCGGAGUCCUACUGGUAUCAGACCAGGGGCCAGGUGGUGAACGUCAACCAGAAGCCUGAGAUCAAGUACCCGGUGACCGUGAAGUUCGACCGAGUGAACUUCUCCAACGUGAACACUAACGGCUUUGCGCUUUGGGAGGUCAUCGAGGCCCCGGCUCCCGGCCCUGGUGAGGUCCCCGGCAUCGGAGUGGACUCCUUGCUGCAGCGCCACGCCUUCCGCGUGCGUGACGCUGCCAAGCGUGGUGGCGCGAGAGCGGUGUGGCAGUUGGCGCGCCAGACCACGCAGCUGUCACAGAGCCUUGUGCUGCUGGCUAUGACGCCAUCCUUGCAUGAACAACUUCGCGGACGUGAAGGACCUCGGCUGAGGCUUGCGGAGCCGCCCCUGGACUUCUGCUGCGAACGCUACCGCAUUCUGGCGUGGCUGCUCUCCGAGCUGCGGCAGGACCUUGGAAAGGAUCACCUCACCUACGUGGAGGUUGGCGUGGCGUCGGGAGCCACGGCCCUGUUCCUGCUCAAUCGCGAGGGCUUGCCCUGGCUCGUCGCUGCGGUGGAGGACAGGGCGGACUGCGAGGCGCGGGGCGGCGCCUUGAUGGCCGUGGGCUUGCAGGUGGCGAAGGGCGCCUUUGGGCACGAGGUGCUGGAGGGUCUGCACAUUGCGGACUUCGGGGAGGAGACGGAGACGGAGGAGUGGGCCAAGGUUUGCGUGCCCAAGAACUGCGGCGGGGUCCGGGAGAUGGGCACGGAGCAUUGCAUCAACGUGAAAGGGUGGCUGCUGGGUGUGCUUUUGGACGCCUACAAGGAGAAAACCCCAGGUGCUCUUGGCUCUGAUCACCUGUUCCUGGACACCAUCCGCCGUCACAGGUGGAUGAAUGUCGGUGUGGAGCCAACGGACGUUGCUAGACGGCUUCCAGAAUUCGUACAUGAGCUGGAGCCGCUGGAGGCGUCCAUCCCACCUCGCCUGGUGAUCAUGAGCCCCCACGCGCCGGUGGCCGCGGUCAUGGCAGAUCACAUGGAGGCAGUUAUGGAAUCUGUGGAGGUCGUGUUUUAUGGGGCCUGCUACCUUUGCGAGCAUUCCCCGAGCUGCGUGGAGAGGAGGCAGCCCAGCUUGGCAGAUGCAUCCUGCGAACACUUCCACAACCACGAGGACCUGACCUUCGACACGCUUCAUCUCAUGGCCCUGGACGUCGUGGCCCGGGAGCGGAGGCCCUCGCUGGUGAUGUGCUUCGGCCUGGCGCCCUGCCACUUCCUCUUUGAGCUCAUGCCCUCCGUGCCGAGGCUGCAGCUGCUGUGCAUGAACCCCAUGCAGGAUGUGCCCUCCGGCUUGGCGGGGCUGAUGCUGCUGGCUUUGCGGCGCCGGGCGCUGCAGGGGGAGCUGAUCUUCUCGACCAACCCGGUAACCACUGCCCUGCUUGCCUACCACGCAGGGGCAGAGGUUGCCGCGCGGGUGCCCGUGACCACCCUCUUCAGGCAGAAGCUCAUGGAGUGGACCGCUGAUAUCCAGCAUAGCGAGUCGGAAAGGAAGACCGUACUGAUAACCUCGAGCUUUCUCAUGCAGCUGUCCUCUAUCUACAUCAGCUUCCGCUUGCUGCUGCAGAGCUACCUGCAGCAUUCUACUUUUUUUGAGGUGGUUGAGCACCAGCACAACCAGUUCUGGACACUGAAGAGCCCAAGUGAUACUUGGGGAUUCCUGCAGCACGCCUUUACCAUCUAUAUCCCUGAGCACCCAUACAAAAAUUACUUCAACGAUUUGUAUGCCAUGCGCUUGCCAAUUUACACUCCAAGCAUUGAUUUCCUCGCCACCAUGUGGCCGCUUCUGAAGUCAAUGGAGAGUAGUGACUGCUACGAUGGCUGGUUUGAGCGGCACAUUUCACGGACCCGUCUGGGGGUGGAGCUUGACUUGCCAGAGCCCUUCAACCUGAGCGAGGAUGGCUUCAACAAGGUGCGGACGUGGAUGGAGCCUGCGGAUUACUUCCACUUUCCUGCGGUGAUGACCUUCAAGGGCGCCGCGGAUCUUUACAGCCAGAUCACGUCGCCGGACAUUCCAGCGACCCUGGCGACCGCCAGAGACGCCAUGGCCGCCUUCGCGCGGGCGCGGCACGCGGAGUCGCUGGGACAGUUCGCGCGCCUGGCGAGCCUGGCAAGAGACAAAAUGUGGGCAAGCGAGCGCAGUCGCAGCGCCCUGAUUGGUGGAUGA